AUGCCUUCUCACCGGCGUAUGCGACUCAUUGUCAUUGGAGUUGUCGCAUUGCUUUUCUUGACUUUUUACUACUCUGGCGAAGCAAGCAAGAUCCAAAACCAAAAAUUUUACCGCUCGACUCUUGACGCCAUACAAGCUAAAGAAGCGGCCAAGCACGCCAAGACACAAGAGAAGAUCCAGAAUGCUAUGCAUCCGCCAGGACAGGAUGGUGCUGCAGUUAAGGCGUCUAGCGCAGAUGCCGAGAAGCACGCUAUUCCACCAGCUACGGGACAUGAGGAAGUGGAGGAAAUCCCCAUCGCCGGACGAACAAAGAUGACCGUGCCAAAGAAGGCGAAUACGGAUACGGAUACGGAUACACAAGCAGAGAUUGGCUUCAGCUCCAAGGUUAAGAGCGAGGAAGAGGAGAAAGAAGAGAGAGAGCGAGCGGAGAAAGCAAAGAAGGAGGAGGAAGCUAAAACGGAGUUGAAUGCGAUUCUUAAGCGCGCUCCAGUCAUCAUCUUCUCCAAAUCCUACUGCCCCCAUAGCAAGAGAGCCAAGACUAUCCUGCUUGACCACUACACCAUUCAACCACAACCAUUCGUGGUCGAAUUGGACCAGCACCCUCUUGGGCCGUAUCUGCAGGCUCUGCUCGCCCAGAACACCGGGCGUCGCACUGUUCCCAACGUUCUCGUGAGUGGGCAGAGUAUCGGAGGUGGAGAUUCUAUCGCUGAAUUAGAUCAACGCGACGAGCUGGUAUCGAAGCUGCGACAAUUGGGUGGGAAAUGGAUCGUGGACGUCACACACCAGGUUGAGGCUUCACUGUGA